AUGCCUUCUGCGCGCAUUCAAAAGCGUGCUGCUUCUCAGCGAAAGCUGAACGGCGUAGGACAAGCUGAUCCAGCUCCGCAGAGGCGAAGCCCACGGUUACGAUCGAAAGUCAACGCUCCCUCUGUAGCUCGGGGUCUCGAUAGGCUUCAAUACCCCCAAUACCCGCUGUCUGCGGAAGGACGACCGGCAAGACUCGAGGCUGUCGGAGCUGUUGAUGCCAGGUCAAGACCACGAAUCCCAGUCCCGAAUACCUCUGCAGCUACACCAGUCUCAUCGCCAGAAGCUCUGCAAGGCUCCAAUUCCCGCCGAAUUGACAGCAGGCAGACUCGGAAACGCAAACUCAAAGCUCAUCAGGAGAACAGCCCGGAAAAGCCUAUUAAGAAAGCUCGUCUUACUGAGAGAAACUUAAGGGCACUGGAGAAAAUGGCUCGUACCGGAAAGUCCGGAAAGUCUUCACGGCAGUCAACCUCAACGACCACUACCGACAAGGACUUUGGGCCUCGAUUGAUGAAAAAUGGUGUAGUUUUCGAUGACCUCGAUGUACAACCUCCUGACGACGUCGAGACAUUGAAGGAUUUAUUAGAUUGA